AUUGUUUUUUAGAAUUUUGGAUAACGGCUUUAUAGCUCAUGUCUUUCAACUAGAAUACUGUCAUACAGACUAUAGACAACAGACCAUUUGUGACCACAGUAACAUACCAUUUGCUUACGCCUUUACGGUUGGGUAAAACUAUACGUUUUACUUUUAUAUUCACAGUCAACUAUUUAGUUAAGACUCAAGACAAGAGUGGACUUUACUUCAAAAUAUCCAUUGAGUAGAAAUUGAUUUAUUUUAUAGUAAACAAUCAUAAAAAUUAUGGUUCGAACUUCAAAAGAUACAUCAAUGGCUCGCAAGAAAAAAUCAGUUUGUCUUAGCAAAUUUUCCAUUGGAGAUGCAGAAAAUUUUGAGCCCCCACAACAAUCAUCUACCCCAUCUAAACUUUAUAAAAAUAAUUCAAAAAGGAUUUUAAAAGAUAAUAAUAGCUUAAAUAUUAGUGUAAUAAAUAAAGAGGACAAAAAUAAAACAAUAAAUAAAGAAUUUGAUUGUCAGCAGUUCAAACCUAUACUUCCUGUUAUAGAAGAAAAUAUAAAUUAUGGUCGAGUUCCAGAAUUAUUUCACAGUGAUCCAGAAGAUGAACCUACUGUGACUGAAAAUUUAACUGUCACUACUACAAAUGAUUCUGAUGAUAAAUGGACCACUUUUUCUGAUAUUUCUGAAGAUAGAAGCUGUACUAAUGUUACAGAUUUAUUAGCUGAAAUUGAAGCUGAUAUAGAUGUCAGAUUUAAAAAACCACCAAGACGAUCAUAUCCCGGAAAAAAAAGAAACAAUAAAAGUUUAUAUGAAGAUAAAGAAGAAGAGGAAGAAGCAGAUAUAAAAAUAACAAAAAAAUAUAGAAAACAUAAACAAAAGAAAAAAGAUCCUCAAGAAGAAGCAUUUGUUCAAUCAAUGAACGAACAUUUUACAGAUAUCGAAUCAUUUAGUUUAGCGGUAGAAUAGUUUUAAAUUAUACAUGUAUAUUUUCAAUUUUUAAGAAGGCAAAAUUUAAAAAAUGAAAUAAAAUGAUUGUAAUUGAAAAAGAAACAAAGGUGUUUUCAUAAAAAAAAAAAAACAAAGAAUUGUGUAUAUAGCAUAAUGAAAAUAUGAACUGAAUUUAUAGAUUUUCCAAAAUUUGAGGAAAUUUGUUAUUGUACAUUAUUAUUAUAUAUAUUAUUAAAUGUUUAAUGUUGUAUAAGUGUUUUUC